AUGGCCUAUCGUUUUAUUAUUCCCUCUAUCACCGCUAUUGGUAUUUUAUCCCAUGAUCUCUCCAACCCCAAGAGGUCCCUCUUUAUCCACCCAAUGCGCUGUGAAACCGUCACCGCAUGGCCCUCCCUCACCAGCAUAGGACUAGGAUCCAGCAAACCCCAACCAGAGCCAUAUGAACGAGCACGGGGAGGAGCAACAGCAACACAAACGCAGCAAUCGACGUUUUCGCCGAUGCUUUAUAGACAGGUUUCAACCGGAUCCUUUCUAGGGCUCGUGGCAGGAUUUGCGGUAGGAAAGUUUAGCAAAAGCAUUGGGCUUGUUCUCGGCAGUUUGCUGCUACUAAUUGAGUUUCUGGCCUCAAGAGGGCUGCAUGUAGUCCCAUACAGUUGGCUACAAAAGCUCACAAAUAAAGUGGACGUGAAAGGACUAGUAACGAAGAAUAUGGCGUUCAAGGCAUCUUUUGGGGCUAGUUUUGCAAUUGCGGCGCUUUACAACUAG